CUUAGAAUUGAGUUAUGUCGUCAAUAAAAGUGUCCCAUUUGGAACCUUCCGUACGGACCAAUCUCAGACGUACAGCUCAGUCAGCCUAGCUCUAGAACAACUAUAUAUAGUAUACCAUCAUGACGUUCGACACAAUAACACCAGAUCUCAAUAUUGUAAACAAACAAAAAAUCCUGGCACCCAAACAGAUGCUAAUUCCCGGUAAAAGCAGGAUAAGGGAGCAGCCCUAGCAUUACCCCGUGGUAGCGACCAUCUCCGUAAAAGGAAAAUUCUCACGAAUUGUGCGCUGCCGUUCUUUGACGCGACCUUGUUGAUCCACACACUUGGGGGUGAACUUCAGGUCCCUGCUGGAGAGCGAGAGAGAAAUGAUCAUCGCUCGGAAGUCAAACCAACACAGUUAAUAUUCUCACAACUUGCCAAAUUAAGUAAAACACUGAAUGUAAUGAUAGGACCUUUUUUGGAGAGCUCUUGCAAAUAAUAACAUCUGAUCUUCUCAUCGUAUCUGGAAAUCUAUCAGCAUUGAUUUAAUGAACCUCAUUAUGCUGAGUAUACCCAAAGGUUGAAUCCAAUGCUGGGUUUGCUUGCGUAAACGAAUGCUGCUGGAUAUUGGUCUGGAAAGUCAAUAGACCAUUGGCAUAAAGCAGAUGUUUGUUUAAAAUGGAGUGACACAAUGGAAUUCUGCUAAUACUGUAUUGCAGAAUCAGAAUAUGUAUUUGCUUUUACCCAUAAUGCUCCAUGACCAAGCAUACUGAGUUUGUGCUCUGCAUUUGAAUGUUUGAUCAGUUAUCAUAAUAGGUGGCAUUAAAUUAACUCCUUGACAAUUUCUUUUUCAAAAACUCUGAGAACCAUUUUGAGUUGUCAUAGCGCCAUCGUGACCAGGUCAUACAUCUCCUACGUGUGUGUUACCUCCACAGCCUCGAGGUCGUACGCACGUAUAUGUUGAACUUCUUACGCACAGUACGUAGCCAACCGUGAUAAUCUGAGGCCGGCGCGUGGCCACGGUUUGCAGGGAAAUCCUUUUGUCAAGACUCCCUUCCGUGUCUCUCACCAGUGUACACAAUGUCCGGGGUGCAGCGAGCAUCAAUAACAACUCAAACAAGGCGCGAUUUGCGUCUGAGCUGAGUGCUUUGUCAAAAUCUCACACCAGAGAGUGGCUUUAUCCCAGCACACGACCAGGUCGAGUGAAAAGGUGUGAGGAAUUAUUUUAUUGCAAGGGAUGAGAAGAAUGGAGUGUCUGCUUCAUCUUAAAACUGACUUUUCUUUAUCGUAAGUUUUUUUUAUCUUCCCAAUUUUUUUACAUCCUUAAUGUGCACGCCAAGUCACACGACUCCGAGCCACGCCAAGCACACAUAUGGCUAUGGCGUUCGUGAUUGUUUUUCACUUGGGAGUAUUUUUCAACGUCCAUCACGUAUGUAAAUUAUAUUUAUUUGUUUUCACUUUAAAAUAGACUCGAGAUUACUGCUGCAUGGCAGUUCUGACGUGUUAUCACUGCUGGGACUGCACGUAAACUAUUUCAAAAGGGUACACUGAAAGUUUCCACAAUGCCAAGUUUGUUUUAGAAUAGCAUGUGCUAUCAUAUCUCCUCCGACUCGUCGAUUCCUGGAAAAUUGACUGCAAAAUACGGCUAAGUUGCAGCAGGGAGAGACAACAAUUUAAUUUAAGGAACAAGAGAGAACGCAGAUAGAAGAACGUCCCUCUGAGCAAUGUUCCCGUUUCACGGACAGAGCAUUGAUAACAGAAUGAAGUAAAAAAAAAAAUAGCGUGGGUUGUCAUUUUUUUUGGAAUACCAGAAGACAAUAUAAACGCACUCGAGCGGAGCCAAUGGUUUCAUUUGAGACGAGUGAGAUUUUGCACGCACGUCCGGAAUACUAAUACAGUGCUGUGGAGAAAAAGAGUCAACGUGAAAAGCGCUCAGGUCCUGUUUGCCAGCCAGAGGUGGACAUUGCACAUUCGCAUUUGGGUGGGAGGCGAGUCACAGCCCAACAAAGCAACCGCCGUUGACGCGCGCCAACGGCGCCAAGAGCGAGUCGAGACGUCGCCGCCUCGGGAAGGGCGACCGAGAGCCGCCUUCAUGCUGGUGCCGCUGGCCCUGUGCGCAGCCAUCACCGCGCUCCUGUUUCUGCUGUUGCUGGCGAGGAGAUGGGGGGUGUUCCAGUACGUCCAGCCCAGAGCGACCAAGUGGCCCUCGCCUCCACGGCCUCCGGGAUUGCCCUUCUUUGGCAACGUUGCGCACAUGGCCAGGACGGACCUGCACAUUCACCUGACACAGCUGGCGCGGACGUACGGUGCUGUGUACUGCCUGCGUGUCGGCGGAGAAGACAUCGUUGUGUUGAACAACGUCGAGUCCAUCAAGGAGAUGCUCAUUAAGAAAUCAGCUGACUUCGCCGGAAGACCACAGACCUACGCAGGCGGCAAGAUCACCGGAGGCGGCAAGGACAUCGCGCUGGGCGACUACUCGGCCGUGUGGCGGAGGCAGCGGCGCGCCGCGUUGAGCGCCCUGCACUGCGUGGGGACGGCGCGCACGGAGGAGAUCGUGCAGGGCGAGGCGCAGAGACUGGUGGAGGACCUGACCCAGUACAUUGGACGACCGACGGACAUCCACACUGACAUCUCGAUGCGAGUCUGCAACGUCAUCUGCUCCGUCGCCUUCGGAACUAAGUACGACAAGCACGACACGGAGUUCCUGGACAUUCACUGCUGCCUCGACAGCCUCGUUCGACUUUGGGGUUCACCCGCCAUACGCGCCCUGGACUGCUUCCCAGUGUUGCGGUUAUUUCCAAACCCGGCCUGGCGAGACCUCAUGGCGGCUGUGCGCAAAAGGGACGAGGUCGUGUGGAGGCAGAUACUUCUCCACAAGGCAAAGCCAAGCUCGUCACCGUCCAGUGACAUGACCGACUUCCUCCUCAAGUUCACGUCCAAAUUAUCCAACGAGUCCAAGCCACAAAAUAGAAGGAACGGGCACGCCUCGGACGACUCCGCAGAGGCGCCGAGAAGGAGGUCAAACGAUCAGCCGCGACGAUCGGAGGAGGAGCGGCACUCGGGAAAUGAGGAGGAGUCAGAGGCACGAGGGGGCAGCCUCACGGAGGAACGGAUUCACCUCUCCAUCAUGGACACAUUCAUUGCUGGCGUCGAGACCACGGCGACGCUCAUUGAAUGGGCUCUGGCCUACCUCGUGCUCCACCCAGAGGUCCAAGACCAGAUCUACGAGGAGAUGGAGCAGAAACUACAACCGGGUUUGGGUCCGAGCCUGGCGGACCGCGACAAGUUGCUGUACCUCGACGCAACGAUCAAGGAGAUCCUGCGCCUGUGCCCCGUGGCCCCGCUCGCGAUUCCACACCGUGCCCUGCGGGACUCCAGCGUCGGAGGGUUCUUCAUCUGCAAAGGGUCGACGGUCAUAGCAAAUCUGUGGGCGGCUCAUCGAGACCACGCUCACUGGGACAAUCCCUCGGUCUUCCAGCCAGGGCGCUUCCUGGGCGAGUCCCUGGAGAGGCGCAACCCCGCGUCGCUGCUGCUGCCGUUCGGCGCGGGCAAGCGCGUGUGCCUGGGCGAGAGUCUGGCCAAGGCCGAGAUUUUCCUCUUCCUGGGCCACGUGCUGCGCCGGCUGCGCCUGCAGCCUGCGGGUAGCCCGCCCGACUUGUCCGGCCAGCUGGCCAUCGUCCUGAAGCUGGAGCCCUUCCAGGUCUACAUCUCUCCCAGGGUUCUCCGUUCCCAGACGCCUCCAUAAAUGUCUCCCGCUGGAUCCCGGCUCCCCCGCUGGGUGAUGGGGGCCGCUGGGUGAUGGGGGCCGCUGGGUGAUGGGGGCCCGCUGGGUGAUGGGGGCCGCUGGGUGA